AUGUCUACCGCUGCCCGGCGCCGCUUGAUGCGCGACUUCAAGCGCAUGCAGACGGACCCCCCCGCCGGCGUGUCCGCGUCGCCGAUUCCCGACAACGUCAUGACUUGGAAUGCCGUCAUCAUCGGUCCGGCCGACACGCCCUUUGAGGAUGGCACGUUCAGGCUGGUGAUGCAGUUCGAGGAGCAGUACCCCAACAAGCCGCCCCAGGUCAAGUUCAUCAGUCAAAUGUUCCACCCCAACGUCUAUGCCACCGGCGAGCUCUGCCUGGACAUUCUACAAAAUCGAUGGAGCCCCACCUACGACGUCGCCGCCGUCCUGACCAGUAUCCAGAGUUUACUUAACGACCCGAACACUGGAUCCCCGGCCAACGUCGAAGCCUCGAACCUAUACAAGGACAACCGAAAGGAGUACACGAAACGGGUCCGCGAGACGGUGGAGAAAAGCUGGGAGGAUUAG